AUGUGCAGCUUUGAUGCUCUUCCCAGUGAUUCUACUCUAGGGUUUGCGCUUGAUUUCUACCAUGCCGUUCGUUCAGUCCAGAAGAACCACAACCUUAUCUUCUCACCAGUGUCCAUCGGUCUGGGCCUAGGAAUGCUGGAACUGGGUACAGGAGGAACCACACUGCAACAGUUACGAAAAGGUCUACACUUUGAUGGAACACAGGAAGGGAAAGAAUUCUCUGCGAUGAAGAAACUAUUGAAAAUCAUCUCCACCGACAGUGAAGAAAACAAACUCAACCUUGCCAGCGCGAUUUACAUUCAAGCCCGUUACCCUCUGAAUGAACAAUAUCUCCUCAAUAAUCAGGACACCUUCAACAGUUCUGUAAGGAAACUCGAUUUCCAAGAUGCUAUGUCUGCUGCCAGCAAUAUCAAUGCCUGGGUAGUCAGACAGACCCAUGGUAAAGUCAAAGACUUGUUUUCCAGCGCAUCUUUCAGCCCCCUAACGAGGCUUGUUUUAGUGAAUGCCAUUUAUUUUAAGGGAACAUGGAAACACAAGUUCAGUCAGGACAACACCAGUGUCACCAAGUUUACUAAGAGCGAUGGGUCUGUGCUUCACAUACCAAUAAUGCACCAGCAGGUGAAAAGCAAGUUGGGUUAUUUUACAGCUGAUGAGGUGAGUUACCAGGUCCUGGAAUUACCUUACAGCGGGGAUGAAUCCAGCAUGAUACUGGCCCUCCCAGCAGAAGGAACCGACUUAACGGAGCUGGAAAAACUCAUCACCCCACAAAUCGUUGAAAACUGGCUGUCCACCAUAGCAGAAGAAGAUGUUGAGAUUUACCUUCCAAGAUUUAAAACCGAACAGAAAUUGGAUUUGAAAGAACCUCUUCGAACUCUUAAUAUAACGGAAAUAUUCGAAACUCGAGGUGACCUUUCUGGAAUCUCAGAUUCACCUGACCUGUAUAUUUCUGAAGCGGUUCAUCAAGCAUUUAUUGAACUAAAUGAAGAAGGAAGCGAGGCAGCAGCUUCAACAGGUAUGACACUUGCAGUCAUGAGUCUUUCCCGACAUCAAUUUAAUGCUACUCGUCCAUUCAUGUUCAUUAUAAGGAACAACCUCUCAGGUUCAAUUUUAUUUGUGGGGAGAGUACUGGAUCCUGAGAUGACAAGUGGCUCUGCAAAGGAUACGGAGGCACUGUAAUAAUAAAAAUAAUAUCAAACAACAAAA